AUAUUUCCUUCUACUUCAUUUUGGUAUCAGCAAUAUAUAUAGUGUACUACUGUUCCAUUACUCUCUCCACCUUCAAAUGGCAGAGUUUGAAAACGAGGAAGUAGAAGAAGGUUACUUCUACCAGAUUUCACACGAAAAUCUCCCUCCACAGUCGCCGGAUAAGCUCUAUUCAGUUCUAAUUGUAAUGGUAUUUAAGAAGAAUGAGCGCAAUGUUUCGUUACGAUUCCCUAGCAUUUAUUCUCUUAGUGAGUACUUCGGCGAUGAGAGCUAUCGGAACACGGACAACAGAAAGGUGCCUGUGCUAGAUGAACGGCACGAUAUGAGUUUGGAGAUUGCUGCCUCUGUACUUCGCCGGAGAAUAUUGCCUGAUGAGUUUGAGCUUCGGAGGAAGUUUUCCAGUUUCUGGGCUCCAGUUGAGAGGAGCUUUAGACAAGGCAAUGGCGCUGAUCGUGGCAGCGGUGACGUUGCCGGUGGAAGUAGUAAUAAUAAGGUGGUUUGUUCGAAGAGCUCCUGUUUGUCUCUGCUCAAGUGUACAGGUCUGGUUCAGUGGGGGAGUCGCCGGCAAGUACGGUACAUUGGAAGGGGAAAACCGGUGGAGAAAGAGAAAAAAGUAAUUGUAGAGGAAGCUCGGGAUGGUGAAGAAGAUGAGGGGAAGGAGGAAGAGGAAGACGAAGACUACAAAGACGUGAAGGCAGUGAAUCUAUGUAAUCAGCUUGCUAAAACUCGGUCUGCAACUAAGAGGAAGAUCAGUACUGGUGAGGAGUUCAAAAGAAGUAGGGAAAUCGAGAAAAAACCAAAAUGUCUUAAGAAAAAAAAUCAAACGGUACUUCACAGUCGGAAUAAGACAAAGACCUUGAAAAACUCCAUUGAUAGAUGGUCUGAAGCGAGGUACAAGUUGGCUGAACAGAACAUGUUGAAAAUAAUGAAAGCCAAAGGAGCUGUGAUUGGUAACCCAAUACUGAGGCCUGAUUUAAGAGCUGAGGCACGGAAGCUGAUUGGGGAUACUGGUUUGCUAGACCAUUUGCUUAAGCACAUGGCAGGAAAAUUGGCUCCCGGAGGAAAUGAGCGAUUCCGCCGGCGUCAUAACUCCGAUGGGGCCAUGGAGUAUUGGCUUGAGAGUGCUGAGUUAGCUGACAUAAGGAAGAAGGCUGGUGUGACAGAUUCAUAUUGGACACCUCCUUCUGGGUGGAAGCUCGGAGAUAAUCCCACCCAAGAUCCUGUAUGUGCAAGAGAGAUCAAGGCAAUCAAGGAAGAGAUUGUCAACAUGAAAAUGGAUAUGAAGGAAGUCAUUUCUAGCAGGGAUAGGCAGGAAUCCAUGUCUAGGGAUAUGAAAGAGCUAUGGAAAGUAAUAGACAAGAUGAAGAAGGUAACUGAGCAAGGAUUGAAGAAUUCAGAGGACAGUGAUUUGACUACUGUGACCAACUUGGUUGGUCAUGUAGAUUAUUUUCUAAUACCAAAGGAAACUUUUAUGGAUUUGGUGAGCAAAAAUACAAAUAUUGAGAAAGAGCUGAUUGAAAUUUGGGGAAGUUUGAGCAACAUAGAGGAACAACUAAUGAUGACAAAAAAUGGAGUACGUGUGUCGUCAGAAUCUGAAAUAUGGGACGCCAAUAAAGAGAAAUUAGGAGAAAGAAGGGUAUCAGAUCAAGGAAGGGAUAAUGAACAGGCAGCAAUGGCAGGAGAGACCAAGGCAGCAAAGAUAGCGAGAUUGAAGAGUGGUUUCAGGAUUUGCAAGCCACAAGGUACCUUCUUUUGGCCAAACACCACUACUACAUCAUCAGGUCCUUUUGUGGUCCAAACCCCAUCAUCAGCUUCUUCAUCCACAUUCUCCCCAGUACCCCACCUCCUCCUGGUACCUCUUUCUCCAUCUGGGCCCCAAUCAACUCCACCUGUGAAGCCUGUGCCUGUAAGAGGUGCCCCUUUAAGCUUCAUAUCCGAAGGCCUUCCUCUUUAUUCUCCUGAUCUUAAGGCUCCCAGUUCUUCGUCUGUCAUUAACCUAAACGAGGUACCUGUGGAAGAGAACAUUAUUACCUGUGGAAGAGAACAAUAGUAAUGUUUUUUGAAAAGAUUUAUAUAUAGAAAACUCAAAUAUUAUAGAAUGAAAAAGAUUACAGGGAAAAUAUUAUUAUAGGACUAAUGAAAUAAAUAAACACAUUAUUAGUUAUUAUUAUGGGAUUUACCAUAGUUAUGGGAUUUACAUAUUGUCUACUUUAUGUAAUUCUCAUUAUUAUGGGGUUCUUUUUGAGUUGGGAAAUGGGAAUAGUUCACAGAAAUCUAUAUUUCAUCAUAUGUACAUUUAUGAAUUUGAUCAAAUUCAUAAUCAUUCAUAUGUUUAUCUUAAUUUUGCUUGGUUUUAUAUAUCCUAUAUUUAGUAGGGUAUAUCCUACAAAUAUAGUCCUUUAAAGAAAACUUUCACUAUAGUGGUGACGGGUACAUAUGUACAUAAUAACCACGCUUUUCUGAAAUGAUCACAAGUCUUGUCUCCUGAGAAUGCUAAACCCA